UGGCGAAUAGGAGGGGAGAUGCUGGAUUCGGGAAAAGGUCCGCCAUUAUUGGGAAGCUGAAAAAAAUAGACUUAUACACACUCACACACAUUUAGCCUGUAAGGGGCUAAACCUACGAAAGGAAAAUACAACGGUUUCGGACGAGCUGUUGUUCUCUGAAAAGCGGCGCUUUGAAAAAAUGAAGGCAAAGCUCAUCAUCGCGUUUCAUACGGACUCUUUAUUUUUGACACAACAAAGGAAAUAAUAAUUGGUCAAAACAACGUGGUGGUUGAAGCAAGAAGGAAAAGCGCUUUUACAACGCCUCCCCCUUUCCUCCUCGUUUCCAGCCGGGGUGAAAAGACUGGAGUUUGAACAGCAUUUCUUUGCUUUUCCUGACGAUAAUUUAGUUGCUUUUUCUCCUCUUCAAAGACACACACAGAUAUGCAUCUCGUUGUGAAAACUUCAGACUGAUGGAAACGAGCACUUAAUGUAGGAAGCAAUGGACAUAUAGGCUGUUUAUUUAAAACAACGGGCAAUAAUCGAUGUCAGGGCUGUAGGGAAGUGUUUUUGUCUGUUUUUUUUAAGUCUUUCACCGGCUGUGAGUCGCAGAGAGAAAAGAAAGGAGUGGACGAGAGCUGGAGAGGAAAGCUAUGGACCAGACCACAUCCCAGUGAGCUCCUGUUGCAUGGGAAACCCCCUUCCCUGGCUGCCGUCUCCUCUCCCUAGAGCUAGCAACUGCAUGGCAGGAUGAGCCUCUGCCAGCUAUAAUGAUGGCCAAAAAGCAAGAUGUCCGGGCACCCAUAUACAACCUGGUCGUGCUUGGGCUGUCCGGCACAGAGAAGGAGAAAGGCCAAUGCGGCGUGGGCAAGUCUUGCCUAUGUAACCGUUUUGUCCGGCCAAGUGCAGAUGACUUCCACCUAGACCACACCUCUGUUCUUAGCACCAGUGACUUUGGAGGCCGUGUUGUGAACAAUGACCACUUCCUGUUCUGGGGAGAGGCUGGGCGGAUGCUGGAGGAGGGGCCUGAAUGCCGAAUGAAUGUGGUGGAGCAGACGGAGUUCAUUGAUGAUCAGACGUUCCAGCCCCACCGAAGCACGGCGCUCCAACCGUACAUCAAGAGGGCAGCGUCCACCAAGCUGGCUUCAGCUGAGAAGCUGAUGUACUUUUGCACAGAUCAGCUGGGGCUAGAGCAAGACUUUGAGCAGAAACAGAUGCCUGAAGGCAAAAUUAUGGUGGAUGGCUUCUUACUCUGUGUGGAUGUAAGCAGGGGUAUGAAUCGUAGCUUUGAGGACCAGAUGAAGUUUGUCACCAACCUGUACAACCAGCUAGCCAAAACGAAGAAACCUGUGGUACUGGUUCUCACCAAAUGCGAUGAAGGAGUUGAGCGCUAUAUUAAAGACUCGCACACCUUUGCCUUGGCAAAGAAAAACCUACAGGUGGUAGAAACAUCAGCACGCUCUAAUGUCAAUGUUGAAUUGGCCUUUCUAACACUGGUUCAGCUAAUCGACAAGAGUAGGGGAAAGCCCAAAAUUAUCCCUUACUUUGAGGCACUAAAACAGCAGAGUCAACAGAUUGCCUCUGCCAAAGACCGCUAUGAGUGGCUGGUCACCCGUAUUGUGAAGAACCACAAUGAGACGUGGCUAGCAGUCAGUCGCCGCAUGCAGUCUUCUCCUGAGUACAAGGACUAUGUUUUCCUUGAGGGGACAGCUAAAGCCAAGAAGCUCUUCCAGCAGCAUGUGCAUAGACUUAAACAAGACCAUAUAGAGAAACGUAGAAAGGCCUAUCUAAGUACUCUGCCACAGGCUCUCUCUGUACUGUUACCAGAGUUGGAUGAGAUAGAUCACUUGAGCUGGUCUGGAGUUCAGAAAGUCCUGGAGACAAAGAGAGAUUUCACCCAAUGGUUUAUAGUGCUCGACGACACCCCUUGGGAGACCACACCACACAUUGAUCAAAUGGACGAUGACCGGAUCCCACAGGACCUCCUGGAGACCCCCAUAGCUGAAGCCAUCUAUGAAACCCACUUGGAGCAUCUCAGAAAUGAGCGCAAACGGGCAGAGAUGAGAUGGGAGUUCAAGGAGAAGCUAAGUGUCUCUCCUUUUAUCACACCAGGGAAACCUUGGGAGGAGGCCCGAAGCUUCAUCAUGAAUGAAGACUUUUAUCAGUGGCUUGAUGAGGCUGAAUAUCUGGAUAUCUACAACAAACACCAGAAGGAAAUCAUUGACAGAGCCAAAGAGGACUUUCAGGAACUGCUCCUUGAAUACUCUGAGCUCUUUUAUGAGCUGGAAGUGGACGCAAAGCCAAGUAAAGAGAAAAUGGGAGCCAUUCAGGAGGUGUUGGGUGAGGAGCAAAGGUUUAAAGCCCUGCAGAAGCUACAGGCAGAAAGGGAUGCUCUGGUAUUGAAACAUAUCCACUUUGUCUACCACCCCACAAAGGACACCUGUCCCAACAGCCCCCACUGUGUGGACAGUAAGAUAGAGCAGAUACUGGCCUCCAGAUUCCCUACUCGCUACCCAUCAUCAGACACUACAAGACUGGAUUUGGGGAGGGCUGAACGGAUCAAUCUUGUCAUCCUAGGGAAAGAUGGGCUAGCCAGAGAGAUGGCAAAUGAGAUAAGAGCCAUGUGCACCAGUGAAGACCGCUACGUGCUAGAUGGCAAGAUUUAUGAGUUAGCCCUCCGUCCCAUAGAGGGCAACGUACGUCUGCCAGUCAAUUCAUUCCACACGCCAACCUUUACACCGCAUGGCUGCCUGUGUUUGUACAACUCAAAGGAAUCCCUCUCUUAUGUUGUUGAGAGUUUAGAGAGGCUUAGGGAGUCAACUAUAAGCAGAAGGGAAAGGGAAAAAAGCUUAGCCCAACUCCCACUGUCCCUCCUUCUGGUUACCAAGCGGGGGGUUGGGUCAAUUGGGGAUAUUGGGGGGGAGACAGCGCAGACUCUUAUCCAACAAGGGCAGCAGGUGGCUGGAAAGCUGCAGUGUUCCUACCUAGACCCUGCCUCUCCAGGCAUGAGCUACGGUCGCAAUGUCAACGAGAGGCAGAUCAACCAGAUGCUGAAGGGCCUCUUAGAAUCAAGGAGAAGCAUAGGGAGCAUCUCCCCUCCCUCACCGCCUUCAUCCUCUGCCUUCAGAGACUCUCAGUCCCAGCCAAUGCUGGAGGCAGACCUGAGAAUAGUCAUGUGCUUGAUGUGUGGAGACACUUACGACAUAGACCAGCUCCUUGCUCCAUUCCUUUUACCCCAGCAUUGUCGUCCUGCCGCCAGCCUAAGCAGUGGAACAUCUGUUUUGCUGGAACUGAGUAUAGGAGGUCAGAGGCUGAACAUUGAGCUGUCACUGCUCUCUUUUCAUUCCUCUUUCUCACUCCGCAAAACCAAGCUAGUUCACGGCUACAUUGCAGUUUACUCAGCUCGCCGCAAGGCCUCUAUGGAGACAUUAUGUGCUUUCCUGUGUGAGGUCCAAGACAUCAUCCCAGUCCAGUUGCUAGCAGUAGGGGAGAGCCAAAUGGAGCUGUCAGACUCUGAGUCAGCUAAGGAGCAGGUCAGUCAGGGAGAGGAACUGGCCCAUGAAAUAGAGGCCAGGUUUAACACAGUAAUAUGUGGACACGGUGGGGUAGUAGGGGGGCUUCAUAAGAUAGACCUUUUCCAAACCUUCCUAAAAGAGGCAAUAGAGAAGCGCACUAUUGUUGAGGCCACACACAUGUAUGAUAAUGUGGCUGAGGCAUGUACCAAUGAGAGCAUCAGCCCUCGUUGUGGCUCUCCUAGUCCAGUUAACAUUCUUAUGGACUCAGAGGACGAUAUCGACCCAUCACCCCUGAGGGAGGAUGGCAGUCUCAGUUCCCACCUUGGAAACUUCAAGUUACCUGAUCUGGACUCGAGUGACACCUUCUCUGUCCUUUCUGAGCUAAGCACAUUUGAGAACAGGCUGAACAACAAGGUUCCUCCACAAGUGAAGCCGAAGCCUGUACGUAAGGUUAACCUCGGCCCUUACAUGGACCAGCAGGGUGGCACCAACCGCCGCUCCUUGCCACAAGCUGUCACCUGGGCUCCAGGUAGCGAUGGUGGCUAUGACCCCUCAGACUAUGCAGAGCCCAUGGAUGCUGUGAGCAAACCUCGGCCCUCAGAAGAAGAGACAAUUUACUCUGUCCCUCAUGACAGCACACAGGGCAAGAUUAUCACCAUCCGCAAUUCCAACAAAGGCCACUCCAACGGCAGUGCUGGGGGGAAUGGGUCCGACAGCGAGGCCGAUAGCAGCUCACUUGAGCGCAGGAGAAAGUUGUCCGCCAUCGGUGUAAAGCCUAAGCUUUACAGAGAUAGAUCCAAACGGCUUGGCAAGUUCAGCAGCUUUAGGACAAGCUUCUCCAUAGGCAGUGAUGAUGAGUUGGGGGGUCCACCCAAGGCUUGCCAAGAUGAAGUAGGAGCCCAAAAGGACAACUCGAUUGAGGAGAUUGAGGACCCCAAAAGGAGAAAUAUUCUUAAGAGCCUGCGCAGAAAUACAAAGAAACCACGAGCUAAACCCAGGCAUUCCAUCUCAAAACCCGAGAGCAACUACUUUGGUUUGCCUCUGGUCACCGUCCUGAGUCCUGAGAGGCCAAUUCCUGUCUUCAUUGAGAAGUGCAUCCGUUUUAUUGAAACAACAGGGCUGACAACAGAGGGCAUCUACAGGGUCAGCGGAAACAAGGCUGAGAUGGAGGGCAUGCAGCGGCAAUUUGAGCAAGACCACAACCUGGACCUGGUGGAGAAAGACUUCACCAUAAACACAGUGGCCGGAGCCAUGAAGGCCUUCUUCUCCGAGCUCCCCGAGCCUCUGGUGCCCUACAGCAUGCAGGGGGAGCUGGUGGACGCCUUCAAGAUCAACGAUAGGGAGCAGCGCUUCCAGACGAUGAAGGACAUUCUGCGCCGCUUCCCCAAGGAGAAUUACGAGGUCUUCAAAUAUGUCAACAGCCAUUUGAUCAAGGUGAGCCAGAACAACAAGUCGAACCUAAUGACCAGUGAGAACCUGUCCAUCUGUUUCUGGCCCACGCUGAUGAGACCAGACUUCACCACCAUGGACGCCCUGACGGCCACCCGCACCUACCAGACAAUCAUCGAGAGCUUCAUCCAGCAGUGCGCAUACUUCUUUUACAAUCAGCCACUGGCCGAGGGCCUCCCGGGCUCCCCCACCUCCACCAUGUCCGGAGGAGGAACCUCGGCCUACUCCUGCAUGGCGGGGGGCUACUCAUCCUCGCCGGCUCCAUCCCUGACCCCCUACGUCCUCCCAGCCACCCCUCCUGUCAUUCCCCACUACGGCCCUCCUAUCCACCACCACCUUCACCACCACCUUCACCACCACCACAAACAUCAGUCCCCCCCCCACUCCCCCCCUGCCACCCCCCAGUCCCCGAUCCCCGCCCUGCUGCCGCCCUCCCUGCACCCCCAUCACCCCCCUACGGAACAACACACGCUGUGAACCAGGGAUCAAGGGAAAGAGGGGGGAAAAAACUAAGAAGACGGUUAACUAGAUUCAGAGAGAUUUAAGGGUUUAGAAUUAGAGAUUUUGAAGUUUGGGAAGGAAUUUAAGAAGAUAAAUUGAAACGAGUACAGGAAGAAGGAAGAGAAGUUGGGAGAUAUUGAUUGAGAUGCAGUAUGUACAGGGAGAAACCUACAUGUUUGGGAGAAAUAAGGGGGCUUUUGAGCCUCGGUUGCUUUUAGAAAAAUGGACACACACACAAGGCAGAAAAAAGGGGAACGCUGAAGAGCCUCUGAACUGGCAGUAUGUUCUUUCUCCCUACUUGCCACUUUAUCCCUUUGUCUCAGUCUCACUACAUCCAGACCUGCCCUCCUUGCCUUAUAGAGAACCUACACACAAACACACUAGUGAGUGAGAUGUUGCCAAGAACUGUUAAAGGGACUCAGGGAGGGACUCUGAAGUAAAGUGAAGGGGAAUGUGAACUUUGUUAUGUUGGGAUUGCUUCACCACACACACAAAACAGACACAAACUUGACACAAACACCCAGUGGCCAGAGUGCCUCUGACAACCAUUCUCCUCAGCCCCUUAGCCUCUAACUGUGAUGGUAACUUUGGUGCCCGGUGCACAUUUUUGCAAUCCAACACACCUACUGACCCACCUGGAAGUCUGUGUCUGGGACUAAGUGAAGCAGAGAGCGAGUCCUGAACACAUGUUUGUUUAUUUCGCCACUGUACAGAGGACUUAGGCAAGGAACACAUGUUGCUUCUCACCCAACAGGAUGUUCUGUCCUUCGCAACACACACACAUUCCUAUCUAUCAACCCCUCACACAACCACACACGCAGAGAAAAAUCAGUUUCAGUUGAGGCAGUAUGCCAAAUACAAAAAAAAAUCUCAACCGACCAGAUCUACUAGACAGUAAAUAAGAGCAAAGGAUUAUGGGAACUCACACCCUUUGCAUUCUGGGAAGGCUCCUCCCAUCCUUCUGAUUGCAUUCUCUCGGGUUGAUCUUAAAUCUCAUGUCCUGUAUUUGUAAACACAUCAAGAGAACAACUUGCAAAGUGGAUACUUUGAUUGGUCUAAAUCUUAUUUCCUACAUUCACAUUCCCACUAUCCCAACACUUUUUUAUUCUGUGACAAAAUCUUGGGAAAUGCAGAGAAACGCGGGGCCUAUUGCUCAAUGAGUGGCCUUGUGUGUAAGUGUCUGUGUGACUGUCUAUCUGUCUGUGUGCACAUGUAUCCAUGCCUUUUUGUUUGACCUGAAUGUCCCUAUAGGCAGAGAGUGGGAAUAAUUCCAGUGCUGGACCUUCACCUGUCAUGUUGCUUCUUUCACGCUGUGGUGGUUUCAAGAGUGAGUCAGCGAUGCCGUUUCCACAGUAAGGACCUUGUUCAAAAAGCACUUUUCUGAGCACUUUGAGGCACAUUUUAAAUUGGAGCUGCCAUGACAUGACAGCCACCAUUCACUUUAUUGUCAGUGCAACCUACUCUCCUUCUCUCUCUGGGAGCACACCACUGACAUCUAGAGGAAUAAAUGGGUAUUGCAGCCAUAACCUCUACCACCACCACAAUUUUCCUACUGUGGUUUUUGUAGCAUCAGAAUCUCUUAUAGAUGCAAUGGUUAAGGUCGUACAUCACUGCAUGUCAGAAUGUAGAGCUCAAUUAUUGUUAUAGUUAAAAUAAAUAACGUUAGUUUUUCAAUCUGGUGAAAAUAAUUUGAGAUUAUAUUGAUUUACGCUUUUUAGCCACAUUGCAGCCAAUUACACAUGCAGUGAAUAAAAUUGCCUCAUUGUCUUUGUUAGUUUCCACUUCACUAAAGCACUCGGCCCCUUUGUAAAGGAGUGCAUGCCAAUUCCCAAACGUGAAGGGAAAUGAAGAGAUUGUGGCACAAUGUAGCAUUAUGGGCCAGAAAGCUGGAAGUGAGACUAAAGCUUUGACAGGUGGGAGGGGAAGGCUUUUUAUUGUUGGAAAUAAUUGGUAAGCACUGCUCCAGCCCCCAGCACGCCUUCCUCUAAGGACACAGCUUAGCACCUCUGGAAAGGAGACUCACACCUGCUCUUUGAAGACCCAAAUAAAUUGUUCAAGAGCCACUACUAGACUCUCCCGGCUGUCACUGUCAUGCCACUGCACCCCCUAGUCAUACCCAAUCCGAGGGAGACAGUUGGGUCUGGGAGAGACAGGAGACCGAACAGACAGUCCAUUCAUCCGUCUGCACGACUGGAGCGGAGCAUCACAACAUUCCUCAGCCCCGCCUGCUGUUACCGUAGAAACCAGCGAGAUGGGGCUCGAUGAGAAUUGCUGAGCCCCGAUCGAAGCUGCUUUUCAUUGGUGUGUGUGUGUGUGUGUGUAUUUGUGCACGCAUGAGUGUUUCCGUGAGCUUGAGAAAGUGUGUGCGCAUGGGAACUUGUGCGUGUUAAUGUUAAGCAGAUGCUCACCAAGGUCACUUAUUCAGUUCGACAGUGAAUUGCAUCUCUGCAUGUCCCCACACUGUCAUCUCUGCCCAACAGGGGAAACUAAAUACUUUUAACCAAACACUGAACUCUUAAAGGAGCUUUUAUAAGUCUACACUACCUAUUUACCUAGUGUGUGUGUGAUUAGAGGAUAGAGGAAUUCAAAGUGUGUUUGGGUGGGUGGGUUUGAGCUAACAUGUUAUCAAGCUGUGCCUGGCUGACAGCCAGACACCAGCGUGAUCCAAAUAAACGUGAAGGAGAGGAAUGCAGUUCUCCUUGCGGUCAUUACCCCGCUGUGUAACCCUGUUCGCUCGUCCAGAUUACACACACUGAUCCUCAGAGAAAGGGUGAGAGAGAUGGGGGGGAAAGAUUGGGGAGAGGGAGGGAAGAUAGACAGGGAACGUGUGAAUGGGAUCAUUAUUUGGGAGACCGAGGGAGGAAGGAGGGGUGACCACUGGUACUUGUGUGUGAACGCCAGCCAGUGGCGUUCCCUGUGUAUAUCAAUGUGUUAAUACUGAACUGACUGUGAGGCAGCCAAAGACUGUGGAAAAAGGGUAGAGGGAGAGAUGGGAAGCAAAGUGACAAUUUAGAAGAACAAUUGAAUUAAAAAUGUGACUUUGGUUCAGCGAUGAUAUGUGGCUGCAUUGCUUUCUUUUUUUGUUUUUCUUGUUUUUUGCAACAAUGGUGACAGAUGUCUGUUAAGUUAAAAUGAGAAACAAGCAAAACUAUAUUCAAAUGGUUGUUUAUUGGUAUGUUAGGGGGUCUAACACUUUACCCUUUAGUCAGUGGUGAUAGAAAAAAAAAGUUUCUUUUUAUGUUUUAUUUUAAUAAUUAAAAAAUACAAAGCAUUUGUUUUAACAAUUUCUUUGUGAACGAUUGAGAGACCAGCCCAGUAUAGUGCAUGAUUUCUUCCCAACAAAGGAAGAGGGCUCCACCACUCUCACUAUUUAAGAGAUGAUACAAAAAUAUUAAGAAAUAAUGGGGGGGGGGAAAUAAAAUAAUAAAAAAUAAAUUAAGUACUGUAAAGUGAAAUGAUAACAUCAAACAAAAAAACUGUCAUUAUUUGCUGAGUAUGGUAAUUUGUCUCGAUGGGAAUGGUGUAUACAGCAAGGCCUUAUGUGAUCUGUAUCAUAGUUAAUAAAUCAAAUCUUGUUAAA